CUUGCUUGUCGUGUAAUGUCUGUCGUGCCCCGCGAUGGCUGCCCCACGCCCCGUCCACGACAUGCGCUGCAGUCCGUUCCCAACGGCCCAAGAAAUAUAUGUGGACUCGCCCGUUCGCCACUACCAAGGUCUCUGCCAUCUGCUUGCUUUCACAUGUGCCUCGUAUCUCCAAUUGAUCUGUUUAUAGUCGUUUGUUUGGAUCCUGUCUUGAAGACACCAUCCCCGCCACUUCAACCCCCAGCCAGGACCAGUAACACAUUUAUAGAAAAUGAGUGAAGACGGCCCCUUGUACCUGGGUUUCGACCUCUCUACCCAGCAGCUCAAAGCCAUCGUGAUCCAGCCGGACCUGCACGUCCUCUCCGAGGCAAAGGUCGACUUCGACGCAGACUUUGGCAAGCAGUAUGGCCUGAACAAGGGCGUCCUCGUCAACGACGCCGAGGGCGAGGUCUUCGCGCCCGUGGCCAUGUGGCUCGAGGCCAUCGACCUGGUCCUCACCCGCCUGAGGGACAACGGCGCCCAGCUGCACCGCAUCAGGGGCGUCAGCGGCGCCUGCCAGCAGCACGGCAGCGUCUACUGGAACCACGACGCCGAGCAGCUGCUGGCCGGCAUGGGGAGCGCCGCCGCCGACAAGUCGCUCAAGGACCUCCUGGCCGGCUCGCUGAGCCACCCUUUUGCGCCCAACUGGCAGGACCACAGCACCCAGGCGCAGUGCGACGAGUUCGACGCCGCGCUGGGCGGCAAUGCGAAGCUGGCGGAUGUCACGGGGAGUGCGGCGCACCACCGGUUCACAGGCCCCCAGAUCAUGCGCCUGCGCAACAAGCUCCCAGACAUGUACGCCAACACGGCGCGCAUCUCGCUCGUCUCGUCGUGGCUCGCGUCCGUCAUGCUGGGCGCCAUCGCGCCCCUGGACAUCGGCGACGUGGGCGGCAUGAACCUGUGGGACAUCCGCGCCAACAGGUGGGACGAGGGGCUCCUGCGGCUGGCGGCGGGCGGCCAGGACGGCGUGGCCGCGCUGCGGUCGAAGCUGGGCGAGCCGCGGCUGGACGGCGGCGGCAGCAUGGGCGGCGUAUCGCCCUACUUUGUCAACAGGUACGGCUUCAGCCCGGAGUGCCAGGUCGUGCCCUUCACGGGCGACAACCAGGGGACCAUCCUCGCCCUCCCGCUGCGGCCCCUCGACGCCAUCGUCAGCCUGGGCACCUCCAGCACCUUCCUCAUGAUCACCCCGACCUACAGGCCCGACCCCUCGUACCACUUCAUGGCCCACCCCUGCACCCCGGGCCAGUACAUGUUCAUGCUGUGCUACAAGAACGGCGGCCUGGCGCGCGAGCGCGUCCGCGACUCCCUGCCCCCCGUCGCCGAGGGCGAGCCCGACAGGUGGGCCAACUUCAACGAGGCCGUCCUCUCGACCCCGCCGCUGGACGUGGCCGACCCGGGCGCCGCCGCCGCCGCCCGCGCGAAGCUGGGCCUCUACUUCUACCUCCCCGAGAUCGUCCCCAACAUCAAGGCCGGCACGUGGCGGUACACGUGCAACGCCGCCGACGGCAGCGACCUCCGCGAGGCCGACAACGGCUCCAGCUGGCCGGCGGCCAAGGACGCGCGGGCCAUCGUCGAGUCGCAGGCGCUGUCGAUGCGGCUGCGCUCGCAGAACCUGGUGCACGCGCCCGACCAGGCCGCCCACCCGGGCCUGCCCGCCCAGCCGCGGCGCAUCUUCCUCGUCGGCGGCGGCAGCCUGAACCCGGCCAUCGCGCGCGUCAUGGGCGACGUGCUGGGGUCCGCAGAGGGCGUGUACAAGCUCGACGUCGGCGGCAACGCGUGCGCCCUCGGCGGCGCGUACAAGGCGCUGUGGGCGCUCGAGAGGCAGGGCGGCGAGACGUUUGACGAGCUCAUCGGGAGGCGCUGGAAGGAGGAGGGCGCCGUCGAGAAGGUCGGCCAGGGGUACCGGAAGGGCGUGUUUGAGCAGUACGGGUCUGUGCUGGGUGCCUUUGGCGAGCUGGAGGACAAGAUCUUGCAGGUUGCUCACAACUAGGGUCUAGUUUAUUCUUUUCUUCUGUAGUCAAAAGCCCAAUAGAUUGAUCAUUUGCGGAUACCCAACAUCUUGUCACGCCGGAUAUGAUAAUAAGACCGGAUGACUUUUGCACUAUUCACGGCGACUCUUCAUAUAAUUCUCAAGAGACCGACUGACUGGUGGACACACAUGUCCUUUCCCAAUUCCAAGAUACGAAGCAGAUAGAACUACCAUUCAUCAUCAACUAGAGGAGACCUUGCGCAAUUCAAUUUUCUCACCGCCACCAAGACCUCAGGAUGUGAA